AUGGGCGAUGCUGCAGCGGCUCUGAGUUCUGCCACCAAGGCAGCUGCGAGCCCUGAAGAUGUUCUGCUGGACGGGUGCCGGAACUUGCUGGAGAACGGAACAAAUCCGGUGUUCCACAUGAGAGCUGAGCAGUGCGGGGUUGUAGCGUGCUUGACCCACUUCUCCCCGUGCCGUCUGUGUACUCACGGUUCCAAUUGUCGAGCUAACAAAAGUCUAGAAUGGCCCUCUAAUGCUGAACAAAACAAUCACACAAUGAACGUGGUGACUACCACUGAUGGUUCCCUCCGUGAGAACACAGGGUGCGCAAGAUUUGAUGCAUCCAUCGAGUGUCCUAGCAACAACCGUGAGUCAUUUUAACUAUAAUAUCGAUAGCAGAUGAUUACACCUACCUACAACCUA